AUGCCUCGCCUGAAGAAGCACAACCGUUCCAUCGCGACCAAGAAGAGCAUGGAGGAACGCCUGGCAGCAGUGGUGGCAUCUGCGCCUCUGGUCUCCACCACUUGCUUCCCACCACCAACACGUGGUCCCUCACGUCGUGGUACUGGUCGUCGCCCCCGUGUGAGCACCUGGCCAGUUUCACCCCUGACUGGCAGGAGUCACAAGAUGAUCAUCCCAGCCGAGUCACCUGACAAGAAGUUUGUUCUUUUUGUCGGUGAUUCCCACCUGCGCGCCAUUGUUGAUGGCCAUGUGAAGAUUUCGCACAAGCAGCUUUCUUUUGGUCUCAUGUCAACGCCAGGCGCUGACGCCAAGGACCUGAGGACUGAGAUGGUGAGUGCAGUCCUUCCCAGGACACCUGACCUUGUUUGUGUUCUUGCGCCCAGCAACAACUUGACUAAGGGGACAUUGGAUCAGGCUGCAGUGGACUUUGAGGAGCUUCUCACCAGUGCCUUGUCUCGGUGGCCGAAGUUGUUUGUCCUGGACUUCCCUCCGCGCCGGAACGUGGAUCAGGACUUGCAGGAACUUUUUCGCCAGGAGUUUCACCGUGUGGCUGCACGCAAGGGUGUGAGGUACUACUCUAUUGCAGAGUUCUUUCCUCUGAGCCAGCGUGACCUGUGGAGUGCACCUGAGUGA